AAGAGGAAAGCCCUUGUUUACCAUGGCGACGGAGACGCUACCCUCGGGUUUUAGCAUACAGAACGUUCUAACGUUUUUUCUUUUAAUAAACAUUGAUUUAUUACACUGUCAGCAGUUUACCAUUCCCUUUAAGGCUCCGACGGAGUGUGGCGUGGAAGAGUUUUUCGAUAUUUCCAGUUUGUCGUGUGUCAAGUGCGGUCCAAAUCAGCUAAGGAGCACAACAGGACUGACCUGUGUUUGCAAAACUGGCUACCGCAGUGUCACCACUGAUAAGGCGUCAAAUACUUGUCAGCAAUGUCCCACUGAUAAGCCUGCAGUAACAAAAGAUGGUUUUGGGUGUAUCCGCUGUCCAGGCAGUCUCAGUGAUGACGGGAUGUGCCUUUGUCCACCAGCCAAUGUCCUGGUGGAGAGAGAUGUUAGUGGAAACCUUUUGGAUGAAGCCAAAUGUGAAACAUGUAGCAGAAACAUCCCUGCGUUCUCUGUACCAAGCAGCAGUGGAGACAGGUGUGAGAGAUGUCAGGCUUCCUUCAUUAACACAUCCUGUGUGUGUAACACUCCUAAUGUCCUGGCAGGAGGAUUAUGUUUCCCUCCAGGAAUCCUCCCUACAAAUGCAAAUCCCAGUGUCAACUAUGGUCAGUUGAAAUUCAGUGUCCAGUCUGCCUGGUUUGUGAAAAAUCUCUACUCCUCAGCAGCAGCUUGCCUUGUCUUUUCCAACCUAACGGCAUGCCAGGCUCUUGGGAACAUGUGUGUGAUGAACAUGCACUCCUUCAGCGGCACGUCGAACGACGCCUGUGGUCUCUUUAACACUAUUUUCAGAUCAAAGGCUGUUAUGAGCUCAACUCAAGACAUUUCCUAUUGGAGAGCUAAUCUGCCAUGGCUUUACUAUGGCGAUGAACCAGGACUGGCCGGUCGAGUGCUUCAGACUGAUCCAGUUCCUGUUGGUUUCAGUUUCAGAGGAAAAAAUAAAAACACUGAAAUUAAACUGCUUGCAGCUGUCUACAAUAUCAGAGGAGAGUUCCUCAAAUGGGAACAGAUAGGAGGAGGUAAUCUCCAGCUAUGCCCAGACACAGCAGCCAAACAGGCAGCAGCUUACAGCUUUGGAACUGCUUACCAACAAAGUUGUGAUCUCUCAGUAGCAGAGCUGUUACAAGCCCAUUCUGAGCCGCUCUUCUAUGAUGUGUUCAUGGAUCUUGGUGGUGGAGAGAACAGAAAACUGCUCCCCCUGCCCACACUCGUGUACAACCAGCAAUACAAUGGACGGUUUAUAAACCAAGAGAGCAUGAAGAACUGGUACCUGUCUCGACGCAUGUUUCUUGUGGACACGCUGGGUGGAAGAGAAAAGAGCAUGAGCUCCCUGCCUAAAGUCAUUCGUGUGGCAACCAGUGUCAAAAUUAGGUUCCAGCUUGUUCCACGAACCCAGGAAGGACAGAUUUUUCCCCCUCUAAUGAUUGUGACAUACACAGAUGUUCUCAUCACAGAUAUCAACACACAAACUGUGUCUACAAUGUUUGCUAUGGAGUAUGAGAUGGAUCAGGGUGAGGCUCGCAUAAAGACAGAUACUGCUCUGGGUGUGAUGGGAGGUUUGGCCGUGCUUUAUUCUCUGCUGAAGACAGUCAGCUGGAAGAGAAGGAUCGGCUCCCCACUCAUUGAUGCCGGGACAAUGUUCAAGUUCUUGUUGUUUUAUUCUGGAGAUCUGGCCAAUGUUUUCUUUGUCGUCACUGUGGGAACUGGGCUGUACUGGCUCAUUUUUUACAAGACGUUAAAGGCUCAACAAUUUGUAUCAGUGCUGUUACCACUGCCUGCACAGGAGGAGCAGUUUGUGACAUACAUUGGAUGUGCUUUCACUCUUAAGGCUAUCCAGUUUCUCCACAAGCUGAUCCUUCAGGUCUCAGUUGAUAUAUUCCUUAUUGACUGGGAGAGGCCACGUAACAAAGCCAGCAGAACUGUGCAAGCGGCUGGUGAGCCAAAACGUGAUCCCGCUCCUGUCAGCAUCUGGAGAACCUACUUUGUAGCCAAUGAAUGGAACGAGAUCCAGACAUUCCGCAAGAUCAGCCCAACCUUUCAGAUCAUGGCUGUGCUCUUCAUUCUUGAAGUGGUGGGUUUUUCUAACUUGGCCCUGAGGGACCCCUGGUCAACUUUACAGCGCUCCUCUCAGGCAUACACUCCUUCAUACAGCUUGAUUCUGCGCUACAGCCUGGCAGCUACACUGUGGCUUUGCAUUGGACUACUGCAGGUGAUAUUCUUCACUGUGUUUUAUGAGCACUUUGUGGAGGACAAAAUCCGUCAGUUUGUUGAUCUUUGCUCCAUCAGUAAUAUUUCUGUGCUGCUGUUAUCGCAUCGGUGUUUUGGCUACUAUAUCCAUGGGCGUUCAGUACAUGGCCAUGCAGAUACGAACAUGGAAGAAAUGAACAACAACCUGAAAAGAGAAGCUGAAUCCCUGUGUGGCCAAAGAGGACUGCUUCCCAACACAGACAUCCAGACCUUUCAGGUGUCUCUUACCACUCACCUGCGGUCACAGUAUGAGAGGAUACGGGAGCCACUCAGCCGGAGGAACGGGCCAUCACGGCUGAUGGACACAUCGACGAACAACCCAUUUGAGCAGAACUUCAGAGCAUACCACACGAUGAACCACUUCCUCGGAUCCAUUGUAGACCAUGCUCACCCUGACAUGGAUUAUAUCGUGAAGGACAAGCUGAUGUUUGAGAGGGUCAUAGGAAUGGAGUUUCUUGAACCCAAUGAAAAAAGCAUCUUUUACAAUGAUGAUGCCCACUCCUUCAGUGAUGUGCUGUUUUAUGGAAACGAGGCAACGCUGCUGAUCUUUGACACUUUGUUCUUCUGUGUCGUCGACCUUGGAUCUCAGAGUUUUGUACUUGCAGCCGUGCUUACAUACGUACAGCAAAUGAUAUUUCGUUUGAUCCGUAACUUUCUUGGAAGGAAGAACCUCGUCAACAAAACUCUGGUGGACGAGAGAUUUCUGAUAUAAAAUGUAUAUGAUCGCUAGUGCCAGCACUGUUUUUUAGUCCUUUUUUCUAUUUUUCUUCACAUAAACAGUGUUUUCACUGCUGUUUUUUAA